AUGCCACCCUUCCCCUCCUUCGCAUCCUGGGAUAUCACCCCAUCCACUUUCAGCCAACUCCUCAAGCUCUACCCGACGACGCUGCGGGAGAGCCACAAACAACGGCUGCUCGCCAGAGACGUGCGAAAGCACAGAAAACACCCUGAGCGAUUAAUCCAGAACAACCCUACAUAUGCGAAACAGGCCGAUGCGCUACUGGAGCUAGAUAGCUGGCGAUACAACACACUCCCGCAAGUACUUCGCGAUCGCGCGGCGCAGGCUACAGAUAGCAGUAGCAAUCAGAAUAAGAAUGAGGUUCUCAAGGCGGAUGAGAAGUAUGACGGAAUGUUCCUACACAAGGAGGAGGCGAUUAAAUUGCUUGAUUGGAAGCUCCAACGUGGUCGAUUUCGUCCUCAGUUACCUGGCAUGCUGAAAACCAAUAAACCGAUUGUCAUCCGCAAGGCGUCGGCAGACGCAUUCAAGGCGCUGGUCGACAAGCAGCCCUCGCUCGACGCCAUUGACGAGACAUACCCCAAGGACAGUCUGGAUAUGCUCACGGGCCCAAUCCGCGCGGUCGGGCCGGCGCUGGCAUCGCUGAUCCUCGCGCUGGCGACAGAGGGGAAAGCGAACGAGAUACCCUUUUACAGCGAUGAAUUGUUUUUGUGGUUAUGCGUGGACUCGUUCCCAAUAUCCGAGAAAAAUCGCCGGAAUUACGAAAAGGCCACGAGGCUGAUUAGGAAGGAUGGCAGCGGGUUGAAUCUAAAGUAUAAUAUGCACGAGUACCGCCAGCUCUACGAGGAGGUUGUCAAGUUCCGCCAGCGGCUGAAUGGGGAGGUGCGAGAGGCGGACGAAACGGCGCGACUGUUUACGACUGCGGAUGUAGAGAGGGUGGCAUAUGUGAUUCAGCAUUUGGGCGUUUCGGGCUUCCCUGAUGCAGCGGAGAUUUUGAGGCUGGAUGAGGAGAGUAAGAAGGCGACGAGGGAGGAGGCAGAGGGGGACGACGAGGCGGAAGAGAUGAUUCUGGGCGUGACGACGUCGAAGCCGUCGAAGCCGGGGAAGCGGAAGGGGGAUUGGAACCAGAAAGGGAAGACCAAGAAGAAGAAGAUAUAG